GCACUGUACAGUGAUGCACUUGUCACAUUUUUGUGUAUGUACAGGAUAUCAUUUGACACAUUUUGUAUAGAGAGUGUCUCUUUAUACAUCUUAUAAUAAUCGUUUCUUUGAUACGUAGUAUCCUUGGCAAUAAAUGGAUUAUAAAUGUGUACACAUUUAAUAUUUUCAACCCGAAUUAUUUACAUUCUUUAUCUAAAUACGAUAACCGAUCUUUUCCUAGUUCCUUUCCAUGCGCUCAUUUCAGUCGAACAAUGUAUUCCCACCUCCAUUUAUUAUUAUUAUUACCAUGAACCACAAGACCUUUUGCCUGUUGACGGGCAUCGUGGUGGGUUUCACUAUAGCGUUCGUUUUCCUGGCGCCGAGCACCGUCUAUCGGGGCGACAAGGGGGCCCCGGUGCGCCGCACGAAGGACUCCCGGCCGCCCCGAAUCGAUUCGAGCGGGCACGAGCACGAACACGACGAGUUCCACAGGGAGGAGGACAUGGAGAACUUGCGCGGCCCCGACCAAGACGUGGGAGAGCACAACGAAAACGACACGCACCACAGAAUGACGGAUUCCCGCAUAGCCGACGCCCUCUACAACAAAGUCAAAGUCCUCUGCUGGGUGAUGACCGCCCCGAAGAACCACGACGCGAAGGCCAAGCACAUCAAAGCCACAUGGGGCAAACGCUGCAACGUUCUCCUCUUCAUGAGCUCCCAGGAAGACAAAACCCUACCGGCGGUGGCGCUGAACGUCAGCGAGGGAAGGAACAACCUCUGGGCCAAGACGAAAUCGGCCUUCGAGUACGUCUAUCGCAAGCACUUCGACGACGCCGAUUGGUUCAUGAAGGCCGACGAUGACACGUACGUCGUGGUGGAGAAUCUGCGCUACAUGCUGCGCAACGCCGAUCCCCAACAGCCGGUCUACUACGGGUGCAAGUUCAAGCCCUACGUGAAGCAAGGGUACAUGAGCGGCGGCGCCGGAUACGUGCUGAGCAAAGAGGCCCUCAGGAGGUUCGUUGAGGAGGCCAUUCCCAACAAGAAGAUGUGCAGGAAAGACCCGGGCGGCGCCGAGGACGUGGAGUUGGGCAAGUGCAUGCAGGCGGUGAAGGUGAAGGCGGGCGAUUCGAGGGACGCCGAGCACCGGGGCCGGUUCUUCCCGUUCGACCCGGCGCACCACCUCAUUCCGGGCCACACGGAUCGCUCCUUUUGGUACUGGAGCUACGUGUUUUACGAGGAAAAACAAGGGAUGGAAUGUUGCUCGGACACCGCGAUUUCUUUCCACUACAUCGGUCCCCAUAUGAUGUACGAAAUGGAGUAUCUGAUCUACCAUCUGAAGCCCUUCGGUAUCGGUUAUAAUCCCAGUCUCGAUUGA